AUGAAUUGUCCGGCCAGUGAUUAUAAGCCACUGAAAGUAAUUAGUCAUGUCACACCAAAGGGUAUCUCGAGUGUGGGCCAGUACACGAAGAUGUCGGGCCACCGAACACUGUUGUCGUGCGCUCAGUCCUGUUGUCUCCGGAGUUCAUGUCAUGUCGUCUUCUUUCACAACGACUCCUGUUUUCACAUCACUUGCCGUUCAAUGAAAUUAUGCGAACCCGUGAAGAGGACGGGCAGUAAAUACAGCAAAUCGUCGAUGAUUUUGGUGAGGAAUGCCGAUCUCAGCGCCACCGGUGACGCCGACACUCUAUUUCUCACCGAUUAUAACGACAAUCCUCCCGGUGCUGACGAGGAGUACACCGAAUCCAAACAGAGACGGGAGGAAUCGCUCGACUCCAUAGUCAACGACUAUAUGUCUGAUGGGGGCGCCGGGGCUUUAGAUGCCGAACGCCCUGUCCUUUCGUACGAUUCGGGCGACAGAAUCUGUACGUUAGGACAGAGCGAGUGCUCCGCCAACGAGGUGUGCCGUAAGUCCAGUAACCGGCGCCGACAGGGCGUAUGCGUGUGCAGUCAGGGCUGGCACAGGGAUGAGCGCCAGAUAUGUGAGCCGAUAAAGUCAGUGGUGGUGUCGGGUGUUGGGCACAGAAAUGCAGACCCGAUUCUCGAUAAAUAUGCGGCCGAAGAGGACAGUAAGGAGACGACGAGUGAACAACAGCCCACCGGUUCCAUCGACACCGACAUCCCUAUUGGCCCCAAAGGUAGCGAUAAUUCCUCGAGUGGGUCGACACGUCUGGUAGUAUCUGCCGGUCGUAAUCAAGUCAUACAACUGCCCAAAGAUGAGGUCACAUUAUCGGCGUUCGUAUUACCCGCCUCCCAGUCCUACAAAUAUGAGUGGCAACUGAUAUCCCGGCCCUCCCAGAGCGAGGAUAUUGGCAAUAUGGAGGGGGCAAACACUGACCAAAUCAAACUUUCCCGACUGGCGGCCGGCAACUACACGUUCCGGGUGUCGGUGACCAGCGACGGUCUGGUGGGCGCGUCCACUGUCAACGUAACGGUGCUGCCACCCAAACGACUCAAUAAGCCUCCCGUAGCGGUCAUCAAACCGGCCAACUCUACCGUUCAGUUGCCUAAUAAGGAUACAGUACUCGACGCCUCCUUUUCGACCGAUGAUAACAAUAAUAAGAUUGUUAAGCAGGCACUGGUAGUUCCCAUUGGAUACACAAACACCAAGUUUCCGUCUAACCCCACACUACAACUCAAAGACCUCUUACCCGGAUUAUAUCAAUUGAAUCUGACGGUCACAGACUCGGAUGGCGCCACCAACUCUACAAUAGCCAAUGUAACCGUCCUUAAAGAGAUCGACUACCCGCCCACUGCCAAUGCUGGCCAGGAUCAAAUCAUAUUUUUGCCACAAAAUGACAUCACACUUAUGGGCAAUCAGUCGACCGAUGAUAAGGGUAUAGCCUUAUGGCAGUGGACCAGAGCGCCUGACGAUCAAAGCAGUGGUAAACAGAUAGCGGUCGAUAUGGAUGGCACGUCCACCCCAUUCCUACACCUAUCCAAACUGGAAGUGGGUGUCUAUAAGUUCGUACUGAAGGUGACCGAUACGGCCAACCAGUCAUCCCAGGCAGAGGUCCACGUGUUUGUGAAGCCCGAGAAUAAUAGGCCGCCGCUGGCCGUCACGCCCGCAGACAUGAAGGUUGUGCUGCCAUUGGAUAAGAGUGUCAUUUUGGACGGAAGUAAGUCCAGCGAUGACACCGGUGUCACCAAAUGGUUGUGGGAACAGAUCGAUGGUCCAAAACAGUUGCAAAUAGUGAAGGCAAACGAGUCCGUCGCUAAUGUGACGAACAAACUCUUUCCCGGAGAGUACGGCUUUCGGCUCACCGUUUGGGACGCAAAGGGCGCCAACUCUUCGGCCGCUUUCAAGUUGACUGUCAUUCAGGAGAAAAACUCGCCCCCAGUUGCCAAUGGGGGAGGCGAUAGGACUGUCACAUUGCCAGUCAGCCAGGUCGUGUUAAACGGAAGCCAAUCGUACGACGACGUGGAGAUCGUGUCGUACGAGUGGUGUCGGACCCAAGACUCGUUGGCCUUCGGGGAUAUACUGGACAACUCGUCCUACAGUCCAGUCCUGCGGCUCACGAACCUAAUAGCGGGCCGGUAUCUGUUUAAACUAACUGUUGCUGACAAUCAAGGGGCUCAGGCUUCUGAAGUGGUGUCUCUAAUCGUGAAACCCUCGCCCGGAGUGAUGGAUGAGAUCGAGUUAAUACUCAAUACGGAUAUCAAGGCAUUUACUAGCGAUCAGAUGUCUAUGGUUUUGAAGCGCUUGGAGUUACUGUUGAGCGACACCGAUGGGCAGCCUAUUAAAGUGCAAUUAAUUAAAUUGGAUACCACCACUCAUUCGCGCCGAGUAAUUCUCGUAUUUACGGUCAUCAACGGCAAAACAAAUAAAUGCCUUCCGGGCCUAACAGUUGUGAAGCAAUUGAAACAAAAACUCAAAACCGAUUCUAGUCUUAUAACACCGGAAGUCAUUUCAUUGGAGACUAUGGUUUGUCAGAACGAGUGCUCAAAUCAUGGUUCGUGCGAUCAGUACAGCAAACGGUGUUUAUGUGAAGCCUUUUGGAUGGAAGACCUCUUUCGCUACCAUUUGGGGGAUCGGGAGAGCAAUUGCGGUCAUUAUUAA